CUUGGAUCCUCAAACUGCAGCUGCCUGCUUUAAUCAUUGAGGUGAUCUGGGUGGCAUUUAUGGGACGGAUGGAUUUUUACCUAGGAAGGAAAACAACUGUCUAAAAUUGAAUAUUCGGCACUGUAACAUAUAUUUACACACUCUAAAGGCAUUAAAUAUUUCUAUAAGCUGGUUUCCAGCUAAUCCUGAACACACCUGUGUUUCUCCUGGGACGAUGCUGUGCUCUAACCUCCGCCCGGCCGUCCCUCACCUCUUGUUGCGGAGGCUUGUUGGUACUGCCACCUCCAGGAUGGUGGCGACGAAGCGGCCGGAGAUUCUGUCGGUCAGCCUGGCCUUUGAGGAUCCAAGCGCCUUCAGGGUGAAGAGUCUGGGCGAACUCCUCCGAGCUCUCGGUGUCUUCCACCUGUGCUCCUUCCCUGUGCUGGUCAACAACUGUGGUAAGCUGAUGACAGCAGCACGCACCAUCCUGGGGAGGAGAGGGUUCUCUUUGUUGCUGCGGCCCACCAUCUACGCCCAGUUUGUGGCCGGAGAAAACGAGAUGGAGAUCUCCCAGUCCAUGGGAAAAAUGAGCUUGAUGGGACUGAGGCCCAUGUUGGCGGUUCCGAUUGAGGAAGACCUCGGAGAGAGCAUUGGAGAAAAGAGAUAUGACGACAACAUGGCGGCCAUGUUGGAAUGUGUGCGGAUGUCCCACAGCAACGCCUGGAGCAAAGACCCGAUGAUGCAGCUGAAGAUCACGGCUCUGCUCAGCCCGGAGCUGUGUGUCAAACUCACAACCCUGAUUGCACAGCAGCCAUACGACCUGAGCCUCCUUGUCCGAGCGAUGGAUGGAGAAAUGGUAACGUUUCCUGGAUUGGAGGAAAAAGAGGCGGCUCAUUUCUUGUGUGGUCUGCAAAGACUGAACAAAGUAGCAGAGGCGAGUGUUAACAAAGUCAGAGUGCUGGUUGAUGCAGAGUACACCUACAUGAACCCGGCUCUCACUCUGGUCACCAUGGCGCUGAUGAAGAAGUUUAACAAAGAUGGCGCCUGGAUCUGGAACACCUAUCAGUGUUAUCUAAAGGAGUCCAGGUCUCUGCUGUUGGAGGCUCUCAAUCUGUCGCAGGCUGAAGGUUUCUGCUUGGGAGUCAAACUGGUACGAGGUGCAUACAUGGACAAAGAGCGAAAGCUGGCAGAGAAGGAGUGCCAGGUGGAUCCCAUUCACCCGAGCUGGGAAGAGACCAACAAGAGUUAUAACGGCUGCCUGGAUGUGAUGCUGGAAGCCAUAGCACAGAAACCGGACCGCUACAGGAUCAUCGUGGCCACUCACAACGAGGAGUCUGUGAGACGAGCUGCUAAAAGGAUGGAGGAGUGGGGGAUAGAAAAAGAUGGAGGCUCGGUGUGUUUCGGCCAGCUACUGGGGAUGUGUGAUCACGUCUCCCUGACACUGGCAAAGGAAGGUUAUCCUGUCUACAAGUCGGUUCCAUACGGCUCAGUGGACGACACUCUCCCCUACCUGGUGCGCCGGGCCCAGGAGAACCGGACCGUGCUGCAGGGCAUUCGCAAAGAAAGAGACCUGCUGAGGCAGGAGCUCAGACACAGAAUGAGGAGGAGCAUGAGGGGUGGCAGCUAAUGACGAAUAACCAACACAGACUGAAAACAAAUCAGGAAAUUGAUGAAAUGGCUUAUUCUCCUGGAUAAAUUACUUGUGAAUUUUAUGUAAUUCUAAAUAAAUCCCGUGUUUUUACACGUUACAUCCCACAGCGUUCUGCACUCUCCACUUUUUGUCGUUAUGUAUGUGAACAAUUUAUUUCAAUGGAUGCUGAUCUUUUAUUCUUGGUCACAGUAAAAGCAGAAGUUACCGCAGGCACGUUGACGAAUGUUAAGACAAAAGUUACAAAGCUAGCAUAUAUGUUUACAGCUGAAUGCAUACAAAAAUGAAUGAAUUUUGUUAGCCUAAUAGCACAAUUGUCCAAGUCCUAUUUCUAGAAAACAGGACUUAGGCUUAGCUAAAAGGAUUUAGCAAUUAUGCUAAUGGACUCAAAAGUUAACCUCAAACUGUAAAUUUGUACUUAAGCACCUGCUCUCAAACCGAUACUCUGUGUAUAUCCAUGUUUUAGCUGUAAGUUGGUUUGGUUCAUCAAGAAAAUGUACCCAGUUUUUUCUGUUUGCCUUUCUGAAUAAACCAACUCAAUACACAGUG